AUAAACACCGCCGGGAGUUUCCGAAAAAUCACAUUCAGCCAUCAAGACUGAACAAUGGUUAACAUGAGCUAUCACCAAUCUUUAAUAAAACAUCUACAUUCUCUCAAUUCAAGACAGUCGAGAAGGCGAACGAAUAAAAGAAAAAGGAAUUGUUGGGACAAGUUAUCUCCAACAAAUUGGCAGACUUGAUUAAAAGAGACUUCCUAAAGGUCCAGUGUGAACUGUGUGGCCGAGUAUCUGUGCGUUGCGACUGAGUGGCGAGAUGACUGCCGAGUGGCUACACCUGCCCCCGCCGUACCCCCCUGGCGUGGGGCCGCUGUGUGGUGCAGAGUUGGAGGCGUGGUAUGAGGACCUGCAGGAUAUUCUGGGCUCCGACACGGGUGGGGCAAAGCUGGCGCGUGCCCCCCCAUGUGCUGAGAAGGAGCCGGAGUUUCUGGAUGUUCUGGAGAGUUGUUCUCUGACGUGGUUGACAGACGGAGGCCAGACGUGGGGCGAGGGGGUCCAGAGGGUGACAGAGGAGAUACACAACACCCAGCCGCUGCAUCACUCCUCCUCUUCCUCGUCCUCGUCUUCCUCAUCCUGCCUGAGUCCAGCUGUGGCAGAGGAGAGGCGGUCAGAGGGCGAGAACGGAAGAGAGGGCGACAGCUCGAGAGGAGGAGGGAGUGACCUGCUGCCCCCCGAAUUCUUUGAGUUGCUGAGCGAGGGAGGAGUAGGAAUGGUGGAUCCGAGCGGAGCAGUGGUCAGCGGUGGUUACCAUCAUCACCACCAUCAGCAUCAACAAGCCAAUGUCCAUCCUUCGUCUCCCUCAGCCAGCGAGGAGGAACUGCCCCGCGUCCCCGGUUCUCCAUCCUGCUCCUCCUCGGCCUCCCAGUCGCCAUCUCAGAACUGUUCUUCUCCCUCCUCACCCGUCUCCUCUCCGUCUGUCUACCCAACCUCACGCCUGGGGAAACGUAAGAGGAGCAUCAGCGAGAGGAGCACGAACGCCCUGUCCUCUUUUGCUUCCACCAGUCCACGCUCGUCCUCGUCCUUCUCUUCCGCAAAGAAGAGCAGGAAAGAAAGGGAACAGGAGAACGAGAGGAAGGUGCAGGAGUUGACGGAGCAGAACGAGCGUCUGAAAGCGGAGAUUGAGAGGCUGGGAGAGGAGGUACAGAGGACACGUAGAGCCCUGAUAGAGAGACUAGUCAACACCAGGAAAUGAGAGGACAGAAGCAGGAAGGAAGACAGACAGGAAAAAAAGAGGACAGGUCCUACAGAAUUGGAAUAAGCAGUGGUGGGAAAAGGUAAAGUGGUGGCCAUGAAAUGCCUCUUACACAGGAGAAGAUGGAAACCAAAGAAUAUUUUUUACCAGAAGAAACUAGAUUUUCUGAAGAGACAGAGAAAGAGAUAGUAAGAGACUGAAAGUGAUGAAAGUCAAGGCUAGGAAAGCCACGGAAGACGGGGCUGCAGCGGCAUUGCGGCAAAUGUAGAGAGACACUGCAUGUGAGGGAAAUGGAAGAAAAGAAAGCUCUGAGAGCAAAUCAUGCAAUGCUACUGAUGACAGUGUUUGUGUUAUCCUCUUUAAGAAUGCCUACCAUGAAGGUCCAUCACUAGCAUUGCAGAAAUGUACCAUUUUUGAGCAUUUAAUGAUUUGUACGUAAGGCAGAAAGGAACUUGAUGUUGAUUUAGAGAACGCAUUUCAUUGUCAUCCUUUCCCACCAUCUUGCAAUAAAUUGUAUCUCCUCCUUUAAGGGCUGCAAUCUGGCUAGCAGAGAUUAUUUGCCCCAAAUCAUGGAGAGUUUAGGAGCUCAGGAAAAGUUUGAAAGUGCCCAGUGCAGUGUGAGUAUGAGAGAAUGAUUUUCGGGAGAGCAAGAACAUGAUUACUUUUUUUUUUUUUUUUUUCCAAAUAACCCAUGGCUUGUGUGUAUGUGUAUUUAGAUAUGGUGAAUAGGACCCGGCUAUACUUUCUAAGCUGACCUUUUUCUAUCAAAAUGGGAAUUAGUGGUAGAACUACGAUAUAUGUAUUUCUAUACCCUAAUUUACUAUUUUUUUAUAUAAUCCUGUAAUAUAUCCAGCUGUACUGUAACGGCCUGUACUGUAAUAUACCAACAUAUCCUCUAGCCACGUUACUUUCUCAUUGUUGUCACAAAUUGUGAAUCUUAGGAUAAUUUGCAUGGCCUUUUCCAUUUACAGCAUAAAUAUACAUGUAUUUUACCAUAGCAUUUAGUUUGUUCUUCACUGUAAUCUCAAAUUUGCAAUAAAAUAUAAAUUUGGCAAUUUUCA